AUAUUAUAUGAAUAACUAAAGAACUUAGUUAGGUUCUAAUACAAUUAAUUAAAUCAUAUACAACACUUAUGACAGAAGUUCAAAAUAAAGAAGUUAUCCCUCCGGAGAGAUAUGUGGGUCAUCAACUUCGUGUAAUUCUUAAAGAUACCCGAAUUCUUGAUGGUGUUUUAAUAUCAAUUGAUCCUUAUGGUAAUUUAUUACUUGGAAAUACUUUUGAAACUUCAACAGAUAAAUUGAAUCCUGAUAAUUUACAUACAAGAGAUAUUGGUUUAGUUAGUAUACCGAAAGAUACAAUGAAUUCUAUUAGAACUGAUAAACAAACAUAUAAAAAAAUAUUUAAUCAUAGUUAAUACCUAUUAUCAUUAUUUUUUGCACGACGACUUCUAUACUUUAAUUGUUGUUGAUUCCUAUACUUAGGUUGUGCAACUGAAUUGGCUUUUCUGUAAGAAGUUCUGAACUUAUUUACUUUAGUUUCGGGUAUGGUUCCCAGUUUUGGAUUCUUCAAUCUAGUAAUAACUCCUAAAAAUGAAUUACGGUUCCUUUUAUUAUCAGAAUUUUUCAAUUUGUUAUUUCUAUAACUGACAUUACCAAUUGGUUGAACAUAUUUUCUACCAUUUGCCUUUUUAAUAAUAACUCUUCUAGUUACUCCAUUAUUUUUGGGAUCAAGAUGUUUCUCAGGCACGUUAAUUGGACGUCUGAUAAUAAUAAUUUCUCCAUUUUCAUCAAUGGUUUGAGUUUCUUCCCAUUCACAAUCAUAUGAAUCUGAAUCUUCUUCAUCUUCAUUAUCUUCUUCUUCUUCAUCAUCA